AUGCAUGGUGAAGAUUCAAAUGUGACUAUGCCAAAAAUAUCUAAGAACACACGUGUAAAGAAAGAUACUUUGCAGCCCCAGAAUCUAAUGGAAACUAUGAUUAAUGAUGCAUGUGGGUUCACUGGGAACAAUGUCAAUGAUACUGAUAUGUCUAGUGAGUCUAUAAAUAGAAACGAAAUAUUUAAUGAAGAGCAUAUUGAACGGCAUAAUGAAGAUUAUGCAAAGUUCUAUGAGAUGAUCGAAGAUGGCAAGCAACCAUUAUACGAAGGGUGUACGAAGUAUUCCAAAUUGUCCGUUCUAAUCAAAUUGUAUCAUAUAAAGUGUCUGUGCCGAAUGACUAACAAAGCGAUGAGUGUAAUAUUAGAUUUGUUAAAAGAUGCCUUUGAGGAUGUCAAGAUUCCUGUUUCCUUUUAUGAGGCCAAGAAAACCAUCAACAAACUUGGUCUUAAUUAUACCAAGAUACAUGCUUGCCCAAAUGAUUGUAUUUUAUAUUUUGGAGAAGACAAUGAAGGCUUGCAAGAAUGCAAAAAAUGCAAGACAUCUAGGUGGAAGGAUAAUAAAAAGAAACAGCCUGCAAAGAUUUUGCGCUACUUCCCACUAAAGCGGAGGCUACAAAGACUGUUCAUGUGCUCUAAAACUGUCGAGUCCAUAAGAUGGCAUUCUUUAGAGGGUAACCAAGAUGGAUUGAUGAGGCAUCCUAGGGAUUCUCAGGCUUGGAAAACAUUUGGCUUACUUCAUCCUGAAUUUGCAACGGAUCCUCGGAAUGUUCGACUAGUCCUAGCUAGUGACGGUUUUAAUCCUUUUGGAGCAAUGUCAACAAAUUAUAGAAAACAAAUGCCAGGCAAUGACAUAGACGUGUACUUACAACCUCUUAUCCAAGAGUUGAGGGAAUUGUGGUAUGAUGGAGUGCAAACAUUAGAUUCUUCAAAGAAUGAAAUAUUUAAAAUGCGAGCAGCUUUGAUGUGGACAAUUAGCGAUUUUCCUGGGCUUGACAUUAUGCACAUUGAGAAGAAUGUGUGUGAGAAUGUGAUAUACACUUUGCUCAAUGAUUCUGGAAAAUCCAAAGACAAUUCUAAAGCUAGGAAGGAUCUUAGAGAAAUGGGUAUAAGGAAAGAACUCUGGGAAGAUGAGAAUGGAAAUUAUUGUCCAUCUUUGUUUACUAUUUUAAAUACAAAGAAAAAUGGAUUUAUGAAAAAUGUAUUUUUGCGGACUUUAAAGAAUGUUAAAAUGCCUGAUGGAUAUGCGAGCAACAAAAUGUAUUAG